AUGGAGGGGCCGGUGUUAACGCUGGGGCUGCUGGCUGCCCUGGUCGUGUGUGGCAGCUGGGGCCUGAACGAGGAGGAGCGGCUGAUUCGGCACCUGUUUGAAGAGAAGGGCUACAGCAAGGAGCUCCGGCCUGUGGCUCACAAAGAUGAGAGUGUGGAGGUCUCGCUGGCCCUCACACUCUCCAAUCUCAUCUCUCUGAAAGAAGUUGAGGAGACCCUCACCACUAACGUGUGGAUUGAGCACGGCUGGACGGACCCCCGGCUGCAGUGGGAUGCUGAAGAAUUUGGAAAUAUCAGUGUCCUGCGCCUGCCCCCUGACAUGCUGUGGCUCCCGGAGAUUGUGCUGGAGAACAACAACGACGGCUCCUUCCAGAUUUCCUACGCCUGCAACGUGCUCGUCUACCCUUCGGGCUACGUGUACUGGCUGCCGCCCGCCAUCUUCCGCUCCUCUUGCCCCAUCUCCGUCACCUACUUCCCCUUCGACUGGCAGAACUGCUCCCUCAAGUUCAGUUCACUCAAGUACACGGCCAAGGAGAUCACCCUGAGUCUGAAGCAGGAGGAGAAAGAGGGCCGCUCCUAUCCUGUGGAGUGGAUCAUCAUCGACCCUGCGGGUUUCACAGAGAACGGGGAGUGGGAGAUAGUGCACCGGCCAGCCAGGAUCAACGUGGACCCCAGUGUCCCGCUGGACAGUCCCGGCCACCAGGACGUCACCUUCUACCUCAUCAUCCGCCGCAAGCCCCUCUUCUACAUCAUCAACAUCCUGGUGCCCUGCGUGCUCAUCUCCUUCAUGAUCAACCUGGUCUUCUACCUGCCGGCUGACAGUGGCGAGAAGACGUCGAUGGCCAUCUCGGUGCUCCUGGCCCAGUCGGUCUUCCUGCUGCUCAUCUCCAAGCGGCUGCCCGCCACAUCCAUGGCCAUCCCCCUCAUCGGCAAGUUCCUGCUCUUCGGCAUGGUGCUGGUGACCAUGGUCGUGGUGAUCUGUGUCAUCGUGCUCAACAUCCACUUUCGCACACCCAGCACCCACGUGCUGUCUGAGGGGGUCAAGAAGCUCUUCCUGGAGACCCUGCCCAAACUCCUACACAUGUCCCGCCCAGCAGAGGAUGGGCCCAGCCCGGGGGCUCUCGUCCGGAGAAGCAGUUCCCUGGGCUACAUCUCCAAGGCCGAGGAGUACUUCCUGCUCAAGUCCCGAAGUGACCUCAUGUUUGAGAAGCAGUCGGAGCGGCACGGGCUGGCCCGGCGCCUCACCAGCGCACGCCAGCCCCCAGCAGGCUCUGAGCAAGCCCAGCAGGAGCUCUUCAGUCAGCUGAAGCCAGCCGUGGAUGGGGCCAACUUCAUCGUCAACCACAUGAGGGACCAGAACAAUUACAAUGAGGAAAAGGACUGCUGGAACCGAGUGGCCCGCACAGUGGACCGACUCUGCCUGUUUGUGGUGACGCCCAUCAUGGUGGUGGGCACGGCCUGGAUCUUCCUGCAGGGCGCCUACAACCAGCCCCCACCUCAGCCCUUCCCCGGGGACCCCUUCUCCUACCAUGAGAAAGAUAAGCGCUUCGCCUAG